AUGGUUUCAAUUUGGCAGAAAACUCAGGAAUUCUACAACUGGGUCCUUGAAAGUGGAGAUCCAAGGACAGACCCAUGGCCCCUGGUCCACUCUCCACUUCCAGUCACACUUCUCUUUGCCUUCUACCUCUUUGUCGUGGCACUGGGGCCCUUCUACAUGCGUAAGCGGAAACUGCUGAAGCUGCGAGGCCUGCUGAUUGCCUACAAUCUCGCCAUGAUGACAUUAUCAAGCUACAUGUUUUACGAGUUUCUGGUAACUUCAAUCUUGGACAACUACAGCUACCUGUGCCAGCCAGUGGAUUACAGCCGAAGUGAACUAGGAAUGAGGCAGAUGGCAAGAGUGUGUUGGUGGUUCUUCUUCUCCAAAGUCAUCGAGCUGCUUGAUACGGUUUUCUUUAUUGUGCGCAAGAAACAAGAACAGGUGACUUUUCUGCAUGUGUACCAUCAUGGCACUAUGCUGUUCAACUGGUGGUCAGGGGUCAAAUAUGUGCCUGGAGGACAAGCAUUCUUUAUUGGGAUGCUAAACUCCUUUGUACACAUCUUCAUGUAUGGCUAUUAUGCCCUGGCCAGCCUGGGACCACAGAUGCACCGUUACCUAUGGUGGAAGCGUUACCUAACCAUCAUGCAGCUGUGCCAGUUUGUAGCCAUUGCUGCUCAUUCUUCCUACAACCUCUUCACAGAAUGCCCGUUCCCCGAUGGCUUCAACACUGCAGUCUUCCUCUACAUUCUCAGCCUCAUUGCUCUCUUCCUACACUUCUACUAUCGGACCUACAUUAGGGGAAAGCAGGAGAAGCUAACUUAA